AUGGCCGAACCCUCGCACGCCUCUCUCGAGGUCGAGAAGAAGCCCAUCCAUACCAUUAUCCUUGAUGCAUCUCCUCUCCUGCUCAACACCCCCUCCAUCUCCACACUUCUAGCGAAUGGGCACAUCCUCUUGACGACUCCGUCCGUUCUCUCCGAAAUUAGAGGCGAAGAGGCUCGAAAUAGAGUUGAAACGCUCUAUAAGCCGUUCCUUACAGUCCGCACACCGAAACCUGCGAGUAUCAAAGUUGUGAAGGAGUUUGCUAGACGCACAGGCGAUGCAGCUGUGCUAAGUGCGACGGAUUUCGAGAUCCUUGGAUUGGCGUAUGAGGUUGAGUGUGAAAGAAAUGGGGGAGAUUGGCGAUUACGAAGCGUUCCAGGGCAGAAGAGAGUCAAUGGGAAGCCGCCGCAGAAGGAGGAUGAGACUGACGAACAAAAGAUGGGGGCCAGUGCUGAGGAUGACGAUGCCGGUCAUGGUGAACUGGAGACACAGGCUGAUGGCAUCAUGAAGCAAGUAGAGACGCUCAAUGUGGAUGAUGCACAAGUGACAGAAGAGCAGGCAAGGAAUGUAACCGAGGAUACCACUGAUGCAAUCACAUCGCAGACGGAGGAGCCCCCGGAAGGAUUGACGACCGAACCGCCAGGGGGAGCCUCAGACUCAGAUGAGGGCUGGAUAACUCCCUCGAACAUCAAACGUCGACAAGCGAAAGAUGAAUCUGCUUCCAGCAAAUCCUCCCAAUCACCCCCGAAGACCCUCCAGGUUGCGACUGUGACCGGCGAUUUUGCAAUGCAGAACGUCCUGCUUCAGAUGAACCUGAAUCUUCUCUCCUCAAAGACCUGCCAGCGAAUCUCUCAAAUCAAGCAAUUCGUCCUGCGAUGCCACGCCUGUUUCUCCACAACAAAACAAAUGGAUAAACAGUUCUGCCCACGAUGCGGAAAGCCCACGCUCACACGAGUGAGUUGCACGACGAAUGACAAGGGAGAGGUUAAGCUCCACCUGAAGAAGAAUAUGCAAUGGAACAAUAAAGGAAAUAUCUACUCCAUCCCUAAACCUACAAGCGGGACAGCGAACCAGAAAUGGCAAGGGCCUCGGCACGGUGGUGGUGGGAAGGGGGGCUGGGGCAACGACUUGAUUCUCGCGGAGGACCAAAAGGAGUAUGUCAGGGACGUGAAGAGCAAGGAGAGAGAUGCCAAGCGAAUAAAGGACUUGAUGGACGAAGACUUUCUGCCGGGGAUUUUGUCCGGUGAAAGGACGGGAGGAGGAGGUAGGGUGCGAGUUGGAGCAGGACGGGCGGUCAAUUCGAGGAAGAGAUGA